GAGAGCGAAAUAGACACUAGAAUUUGAAGUGAUAUUAUAUUAUAUGUAUAUAAAUAUAUAUAUUGUUAUGCGAAAUAUGAAAUUUUAAUUUAGUAUUCAUUCAAAAAGUAUUAUACAUGUGUUGAAAGAGAGAAGAAGAUAACCAAAGAUCACUCCCUUUUCUCUCUCCUCUACUAUCACUUACGAGAGGAGUAUUUGUUUGCACUAAUCGUUGCAUUAAUAUUUAGUUUAUAUAUUUGUCGGACUCUCCGAUUCCUACAGAAUAUUCUUGAUAUUUACAUUCAAAAAAGGCAAUGAAAUUCUCGACCGUAUAUUUGUCUCACUUAUUGGUGCAAUCAAUUUGCUGUGUAUUCGCCGUUCAUAUACAUCACAACAACCAUCACAACCACCACAACAACAACUAUCACAACCACAACAUUAGGAAUAAUAUCAUUAGCCAGAGAGCGAACACAAGACAUGAGCACAAUGUGUGGUACUUCGAGGACUCGGACGACGGGAACAAUAGUGGCCAACGAGAGGGCGGCGGCGGCCGAGCGAAGGCUCGCCGUCAUCUCGUUUUGCAAAAUUAUCAACGCUAUAGACCUAAUCAUAACGAGACAGUUGUGUCCCAAUUGUUAGUUAAUAGUGUGACCACUGGUUCAUCACCGCCUCCACCACUACCGCCGCUGCCAUCGGUUCCGCCCUAUUAUCUGAGCUACGAUUCCGGACAGAAGAGCAGAUAUAUGCCCACCGAAGAGAAGCUCAUUGAGCAACAAAUGGCAUCCAAUUAUCACUGGCCGUCAGAAUUGGCUUCGGAUGAGAGGACUGACGACAAACCCAACGAUUCUGUUGUCAAACCAAACGUAAAGAAUACAAGAAUCGAGAGUCAAAUUCUGGACUCAAAUGAUGGACAAAACCAAUUGCCAAAUAGCAUCGAUAUAUACGGAGCGCAUAACGCGGACGGCAUCCGACGGGCCGGACCUAAGGGAAUGAAAGGUACGUUUGGGUUCAAUGACCAUGGCCAUUUCUACCCGUGCGACAAGCCUAGCCGUCUGGUGCCCGAUCCGCACAAUCGGGAGACGUAUAUAAUACCCAAUAAUAUCGGUUAUUACCAUAAAUGUCGGUAUUUCGAUGACGACCCGCGGGCUGACAAGAGUCGACCGGUCGGACCGUUAGGAAUGGACGGAUACUUUGGCUACUUUGAUAACCACCGGUUCGUUGAGUGCGCGCCUCCCCGUCAACUCCUUGAGGACAGUCAACACCCGGGCCUCUACUUUAUACCCGUCGAUAUCUACUACGAGCCUAAGUGUCAGUACUAUGGCUAUAAUAUGAAGCCGAAGAAGAGGAAGACUACUGAAGAGGAGGAAGAAGGAGAGGCUGAGAGACACCACACAUGCCAUGCAUUUGUAAAAAUCAAUACAAAGAUUAAAACGUCACAAAUCCAUGACAACCAUCCUUGGACAACUAACGGCCCGCAUUUGUGUUCGCCAAGAUGUGCCCCAGACUGUGCUGCGGCUAACACGAUGUCGACAUGUCGACCACCUUCACCAGGGCAACAACUAACGUAUGGACCCCCGAACGGAUCGGCGUUUGGUGUUCAGGCUCAUAUUGCAAUGGACUGCAGUCCAUCCGGAUCACAUUUUAAUGAAUUAAAUAUUCUUAACGUUGAACACAUGGAAAUCGAUUACGAACUUUCCUCUAAUAAUGAAUCGAUGGAAGUUGUUACGAACAACUCGAAAUUCACAGAAGCAGAAUUGUGGUUGCAUAAGCACAAUGAAGAGAAAAAGCACAAAAACUCUCGCAGAGAGGUUCAGUAUUGGAGUAAUGGACCAGAAGUGUUCACAUUGUUUCGCAAAUUUCUGGAUGUGUGA